UAAAACUUUUUCCAUAAAACAAACCAGAAAUAGGCGCAGGGAUUGAGACGAAUCACAUAGACACAUCUCAAACACUCUAUUUUUGAGCACUGCAAUUAAAAUCCGAGCGGGUAUCUCUCCAUUCGUCCUCCUUUCUCCCUCUCCCUCUCUCCUCUCCACCUUCUUAAACCCCUCCUCUCCUCCUUUCUUCACCUCAAUUUACCCUAAAUCUCUCUCUUCUCGAUCCAGUCGUCGGUCUCUUGCAACCCUAGCUCUUCAUACUCCUAUUGCUUUCUCUCUCUAGAAUGUCCAGCCACGAGGGUUUCGAGCUCCCGACGAUGGCAACUCCCCUAAACCAUGAAACUGCUGCGAAGCACCAAUCGGGACGCUUGCUCCAUCAAUCUCCACAGUCUACUGAAAACCCCAACGAUGACGGUGGGUUGAUGGAGGCCAUGAUGGGCGAGCACGGAGGAGGGGGAGAAAUCCUCUCUUCUCUGCCUGAAAAGCAGCCGGAUUUGUCCGGGGCGCCUGGUUUUUCGAACGAGAUUCAGGCUGGAAGUCAGUUUCACGGUGAGGUCGAUAUGGGAGGAGGUGCUCUCGUGGUCUGUGACACACCUGCCGGGAAAAUGGAGGCUUUAUCGGAAAAAAGAGCAAAUGAUCUUUCAGCUGUGAGCUCGCCUGAUUGGUUACCAGCUGGUUGGAUCACUGAAAUUAAGGUUAGGGCUAAUGGUUUAACGGCUGGAACGAAAGAUAAGUAUUUCUAUGAUCCAGUUUCAAAACGUAAAUUCCGAUCCAAGAAAGAGGUGUUCAGCUUUUUGGAAACAGGGAAGCUUGGAAGGUACAAGCCCAAACCAAAAUCUGAUGUAGCAGAAGCACAAUCCUCUGAAAAAGAAACCAAUCCUCCUUCUAGCUCAAAAGUUCAGAGAAAUAAGUUGGGAUCAAGCUCACCGAAGAAGAAGGGUAAGUUUGAUUUCGUAAACAGGCCAUCAAGUGUUAAAUGGGUAUUGGAGGCAGAGGGACAAUGGCUAGCAUUUAUCGAUGGCCAGGAGCUGCCUGAAUCCAGUGAAGCCAAGAACACCGAAAUACCAGAACCUGAAGUGAAUGCAGGAAAGAAGCUGUGCUUACCAUGGGUCAGCCCGUCAUCAGAAGAUGCGCUUCCUGGUGGUUCUCACCUCAGAAAUGUAGCGCGGUCAUUUGAAGGGGUAACCCCCAACCAAGUGACUCCUCAAAUAGUAGCCAACCCUAAAAAAGCAGUUCAACCUCCAACAAUAACGCAAGGAGAGACAAAGAAGAGAAAAAGAAUGAAUGCAAGACCGGAAAGAGAUGUUCUCCUACUGCUUGGGAGAAACUUAUGUAAGCAAGCUGUAUCAGAUUUGAAGGAAAACAAGGAUCCUAAAUAUUUUGAGAUUCAAGGCAAGGACUUUCCCCUAGGAAAUCGUAGUGAGCUAAUACUCUGAAAUAAAUCAUAGGGUUUCCUAAUUCAUUCACCUAAUUCAUUCA